GGUUCUCCCCUUUGGAAGGAUUUAUGAACCAUUCUGACUAUCAAAGCGUUAUAAACGAUCUUCGACUAACAAAUGGUUGUCUGUUUUCGAUUCCUGUCACUUUGGAUGUCACCGAAUCGGAUAUCAACGCAUUGGAUCUUGCUCCGAAUAAACGUGUAGUAUUGCGUGAUCCUCGAGAUGAUGCAAGACUUGCCAUUCUAACUAUUCAAGAUAUCUAUCGACCAAAUAAAAUUGAGGAAGCAAUAAAGGUUUUCGGUGACAAUGAUCUUGCUCAUCCUAGUGUAAAAUAUCUUCAUAAUCAUGUUAAAGAAUACUAUAUUGGUGGAAAUGUUGAAGCGAUCCAAGCUCCCACUCAUUAUGACUAUAUAUCGCAUAGAU